UUGAGCAAUAUGGCGUCUAACGUGAGUGAAAACAUUGGAGUCGGUUUGUUGUGCUGGGAAAGUGUGUGAGCUCCAACAGAUGUGGUCCAUCAGAGCCCGUGUGUGUCCGGAUAAACCUGUCUGGUGGACUUUGUGCUGCUCACCUUCUUUCUGAAUGUUUUACCUCGGACUCAUCUCCCGGAAGCUACAAAGCUAACGACGCUAGCUUAGCAUGCUAGCUGCUUAGCAACAGUUUGAAGGAAAACAAACAGCGUUUUUGACGGAGUUUGUUCGGAGGAAAAGUUUCUGUCCUUGUGUGAAAAUGUCUAAAGUCCAAAUGCUGAGAGGGCUGGUGGAGCAGCGACUAACUGCGGCUGCUGAAGAGAUAUUUGGGCUGUUUGAAAGAACGAUAGCAGAGCACGAGGAGGAACUGUGUCGUUCUAAAGAGGAGCACGAGCGCAAACGGAAACGACUGGACGCUGUUUUCAGCCCUCAGCUCCGGCUGCACAGAGCAGAGCUCCCGCAGCAACAUGUCUGUAAGGAGGAGGAGGUUCUCUCUGACCAGCAGCUCAACAUGCCAGUUAUAACCUCUGUGGAAUCAGAAGCAAACCGUGACCACCAGCUCCUCUCUCACAACUCUCAUGGAGCUGAGAGCCAAGAUCAGAAAGGAGGCCAGCAUGGAGACUCAGGAUCAACUAGAAAUGCAGAGCCAGAACCAAAGAAGAGACGACGCAAGAGCAGAAGUCACUGUAACAACGUAGACAACACUAACAUAUCAGAGACAGACGUCCAGAAGCUGUCGGUGGUUAAAGCAGAGGUUCCCCCUGAGCAGCAGGGGUGGAGCUCCAGUCUGGACCAGGAGCACCCAGACCCCCCACACAUUAAAGAGGAACAGCAGCAACUCUGGACCAGUCAGGAGGGAGAGCAGCUUCAAGGGCUGGAGGAGGCUGAUAUCAAGUUCCCGUUCACUACUGUCCCUGAGAAGAUUGAAGAAGAUGAUGAAGAGAAAGCUCAGUCCUCUCAGCUUCAUGAAAGCCAAACUGAGGAGAACAGAGAAGCAGAGAGAACAGGACCUGAUGGAGAGGACUGUGGAGGACAAGAACCAGCCAGGAACUCAGAUCCAGUUAGUCCUUUACAACCAGCUACUCAUGACAAGACUUCAGACUCCGCUGAAUCUGAGACUGAUGAUAGUGCAGAAUGGGAGGAGACUAGGGAACCUCAGACAGGUUUAAACCCUCUGCCAAACAAUGAAGAACCUGUAAGUGAUGUUGGAUGUAACACUGGAAACACAUCAGUUAGCUCCUCUGAAUGUACAGGAAGCUUUGGCCGCAAGAAACAUCUGCAGAAACACUCUGGAGCCCAAACAGGAGAGAAACCAUUUAGUUGCUCAGUUUGUGGUAAAAGAUACCUUCGGAAGAAAACCUUAAUGACUCACAUGAAACUUUAUUCAAAAGAAAAAUGUUCCACCUGCUCAGUUUGCAAAGCAAGUUUCUGUCAGCCUGGCAAUUUGGCUGUACACAUGAGAAUCCACACGGGAGAAAAACCAUUUAGUUGUUCAGUUUGUGAUCAAAAAUUUGCACAAAAGAAAACUCUGAGACAACAUUUGACUGUCCACACGGGGGAGAAACCAUUUAGUUGCUCAGUUUGUAGUAAAAGUUUUGCAGCCCCUAGCAAUCUGAGACGACAUUUGACGGUCCACAUGGAGGAGAAACCAUUUAGUUGCUCAGUUUGUUGUAAAAGGUUUACACAAAAGCAAACUCUGAAACAACACUUGAUCAUCCACACAAGUGCUGAAUCUGAGAUCUCUUAAAUUGCAUUUUCAUUCCCUUUUGUCCCUUCCUGCCUUAGUCCGUCCCACCGGGGAAGCAUGGGAGAGACAGAGGAGACAUCCUUUCUUCUAAACCAUCACAUAACUUCGUCAGCUUCUGUGGACGGAGUUAGCGAUGGCGUUCAGCUGCACGGCCAUCAGGUCCCGUUGUUCUGGACCGAGACCAGUGAAGUCAAUUAGAAGCUAUUAGGCAACCAGGCUGCCAACCAGAAGCUAUUAGGCAACCAGGCUGCCAACCAGACGCUGGGCGACCAGGC